AUGCCUGGCAGGAAUUGUGCUUUUCCAACGUGUACAGUUUCUUAUACAAGUAAGCACAGCUUUAUGAGCAGCUUCCGAAUUCCAACAAGAAAGUGUGAGUCUGACUGGAAAAAUGAUAUCGUUAAAGUUUUAAAUAAAUACCGUCAAAUAGAUAAGUCAUUACAGGAGAGGAUUGAUGCUGGUCGUGUUUAUAUAUGUGAACGUCAUUUUAAACCUGAAGAUAUUGAGUUGACAAAAUCUGGUCGCAAAACAUUGAAACUUGGUUCAGUUCCAACAUUGAAUUUACCUGUGAAAUCACAUGAAACAUUCACAGCUGAGCGAAGAAAACUCGAAAAAGUUUGUAUUAAUUAA